AUGGCGAUGGCUAGUAUUUCCAGGCGAAAAGCCACAACAGUGUUUUCAUCAUGGAGGCAUUUGUACAGCAAUUCGUCAAAGUACUCGUCGAUUGUUAGCAGGGGCUACUCUGUGUCGUCGGGAUCUGAUGAAAACGAUGUCAUUGUGAUAGGUGGUGGACCAGGAGGUUACGUGGCUGCCAUCAAGGCCGCUCAGCUUGGGCUCAAGACUACCUGUAUUGAGAAGCGUGGUGCUCUCGGUGGAACUUGCCUCAACGUCGGAUGUAUACCCUCAAAGGCCCUUCUUCAUUCCUCCCAUAUGUAUCAUGAAGCCAAGCAUUCAUUUGCUAGUCACGGGGUGAAAUUAUCUUCUGUUGAGGUUGAUCUACCUGCUAUGAUGGCCCAAAAAGAUAAAGCUGUGGGUAACUUAACGAAAGGCAUUGAAGGUUUAUUCAAGAAGAAUAAAGUAACGUAUGUUAAGGGGUAUGGAAAGUUCCUUUCCCCAUCUGAAGUUUCUGUUGAUACUCCGGAAGGUGGUAACACUGUUGUGAAAGGCAAGAAUAUCAUAAUUGCCACUGGUUCAGAUGUCAAAGGUCUACCAGGGAUAACCAUUGAUGAAAAGAGGAUUGUAUCAUCUACUGGGGCUUUAGCCCUAACAGAAGUUCCUAAGAAACUUGUUGUUAUUGGUGCUGGUUAUAUUGGUCUUGAAAUGGGCUCUGUAUGGGGACGUCUAGGGUCAGAGGUCACUGUUGUUGAAUUUGCAGCAGACAUUGUUCCAACCAUGGAUGGAGAAGUCCGAAAGCAAUUUCAACGUUCCCUUGAGAAGCAGAAGAUGAAAUUUAUGCUCAAAACUAAGGUGGUUUCUGUAGAUACAGCAGGGAAUGGUGUGAAGUUGACACUUGAACCAGCAGCUGGUGGUGAUCAGACCACUCUUGAAGCCGACGUCGUUCUUGUUUCUGCUGGUAGAGUUCCAUUUACAGCUGGACUUGGAUUGGACAAGAUAGGAGUUGAAACUGACAAAGCUGGUCGUAUCUUGGUGAAUCAUCAGUUUGGCACCAAUGUACCGGGUGUAUAUGCUAUUGGUGAUGUUAUUCCUGGGCCUAUGUUGGCUCACAAGGCUGAAGAGGACGGUGUUGCAUGCGUGGAAUAUAUUGCUGGAAAAGAAGGCCACGUGGACUAUGAUAUGGUUCCUGGUGUUGUUUACACGCACCCUGAGGUGGCAUCUGUAGGGAAAACUGAGGAGCAGGUAAAAGCACUUGGAGUUGAUUACCGUGUUGGGAAGUUCCCUUUCUUGGCAAACAGCAGGGCAAAGGCAAUUGAUGAUGCUGAGGGAGUGGUUAAGAUAAUUGCCGAGAAGGAGACCGACAGGAUAUUGGGUGUUCACAUCAUGUCACCUAAUGCAGGAGAGCUCAUUCACGAGGCUGUUCUGGCUUUGCAUUAUGGAGCAUCGAGUGAGGACAUUGCACGCACAUGCCACGCACAUCCUACAAUGAGUGAGGCCUUAAAGGAAGCCGCCAUGGCCACUUAUGACAAGCCCAUUCACAUUUAG